GUUUUGCCGCGUUUGACACUUGAGUUGACGAGGUCUCUUGCACGUGGUUGGUGGUUGUUGCGGUGCUAGGAAGGGUUUUUGGAAUUUUAUAGCAGAACAAUUGAGAAUCAUGGCCCGUAAAAAGAAGGGGCGUUCGCUAAAAAAGAACCACCAAGUGGCAGGGGAAGAAGGCGCGGAAGUUUUACAAGCGCCACACUCAUUCGUUAUACAUCGCGGGCUCGCUUGUCCUUACAUUCAGGAUCUAACCAUGGACUUCCGUCGAAUUAUGGAACCUUUUACUGCAAUUAAUUUACGAGAACGAAAAUCUAACAAAAUUAAAGAUUUUGUCUCAUUAUCUGGACAUUUUCAUGUGUCACAUAUGUGCAUAUUCAAUAAGACGACAACACAAUUGUCUAUGAAAAUUGUACGACUCCCGCGUGGACCAACGUUGACUUACAAGAUCCACCAAUAUACUCUUGCAAGGGAUGUCCUUGCUUCCUCACGAAAGCAAUUUUUCGACGAGGAUUCAUUCCAUCAUGCACCGUUGGUAAUCAUGAAUAAUUUCGUUGGUGAAGGAAAACACUUGAAACUGAUGGCGACCACGUUCCAAAACAUGUUUCCAACCAUUAACCUGGCGACAGUUAACUUAGCAACGAUCAAACGAUGUGUUUUAUUUUCAUAUAAUCCAGUUACAAAGUUGGUUGACAUGAGGCAUUAUAGCGUUGUUGCAGUCCCUGUGGGAUUAUCACGAGGCGUUAAAAAGGUUGUACUUGGAAAAGUACCAAAUUUAUCAAAAUGCGAGGAUAUUGCAGAUUUAUUUUCUGGUGGGGCUGUAUCGGAUUCUGAAUUUGAAGAUGAUGAAGCAAGUCAAGUUGUCCUACCGCAAGAUUUAAAGCGUAAAGGAAAUUUAGAGAACAAUAAAUCGGCGAUUCGUCUGUAUGAAAUCGGGCCCAGAAUUACAUUCGAACUCGUGAAAAUUGAGGAAGGUCUUCUGACAGGUGAAGUACUUUACCAUGAAACCAUUGUGAAAACCGAGGAGGAAAUCGAAGCAAUACGGAAACAACGUGAAAAGAAAAAGAAAUUGAAAGAAUAUCGAAAGAAGGUUCAAAGUGAGAAUAAGGCGAGGAAAGAAGAAAUGAAAAAUUCUGCAAAGAAAAGAGCGGGCGUGGAAGGAAAUAAGGCAGGACAAACUUUUGAAGUAGAAGAAAGUGUUAAUGAUGAACCGGAUAAUGAUGCUCUGUAUUACAAGGAGGAAGUUGGCGAGGAACCAGAUGAAGAAUUAUUCAAACACUCUGAAGAAAAUUCACGGAAAAGAGUUCGACUGCCGAAACAUAUAUCUGGUAAAAAGCGGAAAUUCGAUAAAAAGUCAAAAGAUGAAAGAGAUGAUAAAUAUAAGAAGGAAGGCGGCUGGAAGAGUAGAAAGGGAGACGGACAAAGGCAAGAACGGAAGUUCACAUUUAAAACAAAAGCUGGCAUGAAAAUGAACCGAGUUAAAUCGUCGAAAGGAAAAAAGUUUAGAUAGGAUUGUAAUUUUGCUAAACAUAAAUAUGUAUAAAUAUAUUGUUUUAGUUUUACGGAAAA